UAAAAUGUGAGGCUGGAUGAACACAGCAGGCCAAGCAGCAUCUCAGGAGCACAAAAGCUGACGUUUCGGGCCUAGACCCUUCAUCAGAGAGGAAAUCCGGAAAUCUGAAAAAUCCGAUUCUCGUUCUUUGGUUUCCAUGAUAACCAGUUCACCCAACUUCCUGUGUUACAUAUUAACCCGCACGGGACAGAGGAAUACGAUAGUUGGGGGAUGGUUUUAAUAGUGACUCCGCUGUUUUCUGGUCGUUCCGUCGGUUGUUGUGGAGUUCGCGCUUUGGUGAAGUUUCAUUUCUUGGUGUUUUUCCUCUGGUGAAAAUCGAUGGAGAAACUGCGCAGAGUUUUGAGCGGCCAGGACGAUGAGGAACAAGGUCUCACGGCGCAGGUCCUUGAUUCAACAUCACUCAGCUUUGGGACAAGAGUGAAGUGGUUUGCAAUUUGCUUUAUCGUUGGAGUUUGCUUUUCAAUUCUUGGAACAGCUUUUCUGUGGCUUCCAGGUGGAAUCAAAUUAUUUGCAGUGUUUUAUACAUUAGGAAAUAUUGCUGCUCUUGCCAGCACCUGCUUUCUCAUGGGACCAUUGAAGCAAUUGAAGAAAAUGGUUGAUCCAAACCGUUUGUACGCCACCAUUAUUAUGUUGUUAUGCUUCGCCUUAACGCUGUGUGCAGUCUUUUGGUGGCACAAGAAAGGACUGGCCCUUCUCUUCUGUAUAUUGCAGUUCCUGGCAAUAACUUGGUAUAGUCUGUCAUACAUUCCGUUUGCAAGGGAUGCUGUCAUAAAAUGUUGCACUUCCUGCAUGGGAUAAAUCUGUAAAAGUACACCAGACUUCGAUACUUCCAGAAGGUUGCUUGUAGCCAUGGGGAAAGACUGCCUACUGUGUAUUUUGUUCCUUGGAUGACUCCUAAAUACUACUCAUUUGUUUAGUAAAUAGAAAAUGAUGUAAUAUAAAUUUGUUUUAAAAAUGUCUGUUGCACAUGUUACUGAUUAUAUGCUGUUCCAAAGAAUCAAGCCUUUUGUCCUUAGUCAAUUCUUUUUCAUAUUUAACAUCAUUCCGUAGUGCUUCUACUACUUUUUUUAUUUGUGUUGCUGAACGAAUGAAUUUUGCUUCUGAAUUUCAAAGUGGAAGGCAAAUAAUUGUAAGUGCCAUUUAUGUAGCAAAAACUGAAUGUGUGCUACUUUGAAGUGAUUAUUCCUUUUACUAUGAACAGAGCUUGUACAUAAAUUUGAACCACUCAAAUAAUAACUCUGUUUAUAUAAA